UUUUUUCUUUUUUUCUCUUUCUGUAUGUGUAUGUAUGUGUGUGUGUAUAAAAUUAAUAGAUAAAACAAAAUUAAUAGGCAAAACACUCACACCUGUUAAAAAACAUAGAUGAGGCAAAACUGAAGUUAUCAAAUAAACGUCCAAGUGAAGAUUCUCUGAAUAAUGUUCCAAACAAAUGUCAAAUAUUGGAGAGAUGGGGCUCUGGGAGCUUAGCAGUUACUCAAAAAGCAUUAGAUAAAGCGAUACUGCGCUUCAUUAUUGAAGAUAUUCAACCUCUUGCCAUUGUAGACAAUCCAGCAUUCAUUAAUUUGGUUAGAAUUGGACUUCCUUCGCAUAUCCGUAUAAUGUGCAGAAAAACAUUAAGAAAUAACGUUUGUGAAAUCUAUCAUAAAAUGAAGGCUACUCUUGAAAACAAAUUGACUGAAGUAGAACUAGUUGCGACGACAGCAGAUCUAUGGAGCAAAGCAAAAAGGAGUUAUUUAGGAAUAACUAUUCAUUGGGUGAAUCCCGUAACUUUUGAGAGAGAGUCGGCUGCAUUGGCUUGCCGUAGGAUGAAAGGCAAACAUACAUACGAUGUUUUAGCUCGAGAAAUUAAGUCAGUCUUUCUCGAAUAUCACAUCCAAAAUAAAGUAUGCUAUACAACUACCGACAAUGGAUCCAACUUUAUUAAAGCUUUCCGGUAAGAGCUUCAAAAAUAUAGUUUUUAUACUUUUUAAAUUUUUUACAUGUGCAAACAAAUGUGGCAUUCUUUACCUCAUUCGUGCAUUUCUUUUAUCACAUAUAAUACAAAUAAUUAAUUAAAACGAUUAAAAUUAAAGUAAUAAACAUAUAAUUAACAAAAUAUAAUUAACAUAUCAAAUAUUUUAAUAUACUUCAUAAAUAACAUUUUUAAAUAUUUUUUUAGGUGUUUUGAAAAGGACGAGGAUGAGACAUCUGUAGAAUUUCACGAUUUAAGUGCUAUUUUAAUUACAGACUAUAUAGAAGAUACGAAUACAGAAAAUUUACUUAUUCUUCCGCCACAUCAUAGAUGUGCCAGUCACACUUUAAAUCUUGUCGCGGUGAAAGAUUCCGAGAAAGCUAUAGAUAAUGAUGUUUUAUACAAGAAACUAUACAGAUUGACAUUUGCCAAAUUAACCAAAUUAUGGAAUAAACAGAAUCAAUCUACACAAGUAGCUGAUAAAACAAAAGAAAUUUGCAGUGUCUACUUAAAAACUCCUGUUAUUACAAGGUAAAAAGAUUUCUUAUUGCGUUAAAUAAUCAAUAUGAGAUUUAUUCGAUCUUAGACUUGAUGACACGCGUAACAAUUUUUAUCAAUGUUGAGAAGAUAAUAUUCGCAGUGUUUAUAUACGAGUCAUUUGAUGGCUUAUAUAUAAAUAUCACAGAUAUUAUUCUCUGGACACAAUGGUAAAAAAUAUUACAACUGUCAUCAAUCCUAAAUAAUUUGCAUAUUUACUAUGUUUCAAUAUUAAUCAUGAUGAUAAAAUAUUCAUUUUUAUUUCUCAUUUUUUUAUUCAAUUCUGCAUAUAAAUAUAUAUAAGUUUGUUCUAGAAUAAUAAUUUUAUAUACCUUCAUCUUUAUUUUGUAGAUGGAACUCCACUUUUGAUUCCAUACUGCAAAUAAUAACACUUUUGAAAAAUGAUCCCGAAAUAAUUAACAAAUGUCUCGAUUACUGUAAUUUGCAAAGACUGACAGAAAAUGAAAUUAAAUUCAUAGAAGAAUAUUGUCAGGUACACCACUUUAGAUAGAUUGUAAUAUGUAUCUGUAAAGAUUAUAAUAUAUAUUUAGUAAUAUAUCUCUUUCUUAUUUUGUUUGAUUUAGGUAAUGAAACCUGUAUCGCAAGCCUUAGAUAUAUUGCAAGGUGAGACAGGAAUGUAUAUGGGAUAUUUAUUACCGGUCUUGAAAACUGUAAAAGAAAAAUUAGAAACACUGAACAAAAGUGGAUUUACGCAUUGCCAAUCACUAAUCGCAGCAGUUCAACAAGGUUUAGAUAAAAGGUAAUAGAUAAUUUGUUAAUUUAAUUAACAUGUGGUUAUUAAUUUUGCUUUUAAAUAAAGAACAACUUUAUUCAUGGAUUCUGAACAUACUCUUAGAUUUUCCACAUUAUUUGAGAAAAAAGAGCUUAUUAUUGCAAGUUGUUUGCAUCCAAAA